CUGCUCCGGACCGGCAGCUGGGGCCGUGCUGGUGGCACUGGUGGUGCUGGGAGCGCCCCCGGCUGCGAGCGCGGAGCUCUCGGGGCUGUUCCAGGAGAUGCUUAAGGCCGAGUGUUACUUCAUUAACGGCACGGAGAAGGUGAGGUACGUGGUAAGGAACAUCCACAACCGGGAGGAGUACACGAGGUUCGACAGCGAUGUGGGGGAGUGCGUGGGGUUCACCCCCAAUGGGGAGAAACAGGCCCAGUACUGGAACAACAACCCGGAAUUCAUGGAGCGCACACGGAAUGAGGUGGACACGUUCUGCCGGCACAACUACAAGGUGUUCACCCCGUUCAGCGUGGAGCGCAGAGGUGAGCGUGGGGCAGAGCGUGUCCCCUCGGGCCCUGCCCUGGGAAUGACCCUGGAGCGCCUCAAAACCUCCCUGGGAACCACCCCAGACACCCCAAACCCUCCCUGGGCCCAUCCCCGGACCCUCCUGUCCCUCCCAGUCCCUCCCAGUCCGUCCCAGUCCCCCCCCUACCCCAACGAGUCCAUGUCACGCGUGUGCCCCCCCAAUAAACGAGACCGGAUCCAACUGGGAAGUUUUAUUGGGAACAGCGGGAGCAGUCGGGGGGAGGGGGACGGAGUGACCGCAGGAGUUGGGGGGGACACACGACCCCCCCCCCCCCCCCAAAAUCAGCGCGGGGAUGGAGCGGGGGGUCCCGGCGGGGCUCGAGGCCGUGGGGAGGAGCUGCAGCCGCUGCCGGCCCAGCACAUCAUCAUCCAGAUGGAAUUCUACCAAAAAACUUUGGAUUCCCAACUGGAAGGCGACGAGUUCAUGUUCGACUUCGACGGUGACGAGAUUUUCCACGUGGAAAAGGAGGAGACGGUUUGGAGGCUCCCAAAAUUCCAGGAAUUCGCCAGUUUUGAGGCGCAGGGAGCGCUCCAGAACAUCGCCAUCACCAAACAGAACCUGGAGAUUACCAUGAAAGCUUCCAACAAUUCCAGGAUUCCCAGCGUGUCGCCGGAAGUGGCCGUGUUCCCCAAACACGUGGUGCAGGAGGACGAACCCAACGUCCUCAUCUGCUCCGUCACCAAGUUCUGGCCGCCCGUGCUGGGCCUGAGCUGGCUCCAGAACGGGAUCCCCGUGAAGAAGGGAAUCCUGGAGACCCCGUUCUACCAGGACCGCGACAACACCUUCCGGAAAUUCUCCUACCUGCCCUUCAUCCCCAAACCCGGCGAUUAUUACGACUGCAAGGUGGAGCACGAGGGGCUGGCAGAGCCCAGGAAGACGCAUUGGGAACCCCAAAUCCUGGCGCCGGCGUCGGAGGUCACGGAGACGGUGAUCUGUGCCCUGGGCUUGGCCGUGGGCAUCGUGGGCAUCGCCGUGGGCACCGUCCUCAUCAUCCGCGGGAUGAAGCUCGGCCGCGCCCGCGCCGAGCGCGGCGUGCUCUGAGCGCUGGGACCCCGAAAUUACCCCGCAAUUCCUGCCCCGAAUUCCUGGGGAUUCAACCCGAAAAUUCCUGCCCCGAAUCCUGCGGAAUUACACCAAAUCCAGCCCGAAAUUCGGUGGAAUUACCCUGAAAAAUCCUGCCCCAAAUGCCGUGGAAUUACCCCAAAAUUCCAGCCCACAAUCCUGCUCCAAAUCCAGCCCAAAAUCCCAUGGAAUUACCCCAAAUCCAGCCCAAAAUCCCAUGGAAUUACCCCAAACCCAGCCCAAAAUCCUGUCCCAAAUCCAGUCCAAAAUCCAAUGGAAUUACCCCAAAUCCAGCUCAAAAUCACGGAAAAUUUCCCCUAAUUCAGCCUGAAAUCCCAUGGAAUUACCCCAAAAAAUCCUGUCCCAAAUCCUGUGGAUUCAACACAAAAAUCCUGCCCUAAAUCCCAUGGAAUUACCCCAAAUCCAGCCCAAAAUCCCAUGGAAUUACCCCAAAAAUCCAGCCCCAAAUCCUGCCCUGGAAUUGCCCUAAAAUCCUGCCUCAAAUCUCAUGGAAUUACCCCAAAUCCAUCCUGAAAUCCUGCAAAAUUCCCCCAAAUCCAGCCCAAAAUCCCCUUGAAAUCCUGCCCGAGAUCUCACCCAAAAUUCCAUGGAAUGUCCCCAGAUCCUGCCUGAAAUCCCCCCAAAAUUCCCUUAAAAUCAGUCCCCUCAGAAUUUCCUUAAAAUCCACCCAAAAUCCCACCAAAAUUCCCUUGAAAUCCCCUCAGAAUCCCCUUAAAAUCCACCCAAAAUCCCCUUAAAAUUCCACCAAAAUUCCCCUAAAAUCCCCCCAAAAUUUCCAUUUUAUCUCCCUUUGGAAUUCUGUGUCCCUGUUGUCCUCUCGAUGUCACCCCAAUAAAGAGGGGGGAUGGGAGAGGGAGCGAUCCCAAAUCCCUUCCCCCCCUUGCCUU